UAAAAAAAAAGAAAUGGGAUGGGUUUAGAAGCAAUGGAGUCUGCUCCUAUGGAUUCAAUUCAUUGAAUAAUUAGACCUUUCUUCAGGAAGCAACAACUUGGAGCUGCAUCAGGAAAUGGGAAGCAGUAAAUAUUGGAAACUAUGAAAUGCAAAUCCUCCCUCCAGCCGGUAGGAUUUCCUGUCCAUACCUUUGGGAAAGAGGACAGGGAAAGAGAUUGGAUCAGCAGUGGGGAUUAAUGCCAUCAGAAAAUGAAUGAAUGAUGCUUUGUGAUGAGAGGGAAUCAAGCAAUAUAAAUACAGCUGGGCUUUCUGAUGGACUAGAUCUAACUACACCAUUGUUCUGGCUUCUCCCAGGAGCUCUGCACACCUAACAGAAGAUUGUGGAUAUUAAAGAAACUUAUUAUCAGUGUGAUCUUGGGUUUCUCCUUGGAUCUGAGUCCACUGGGAAGAUCAGACAUGUUCAGGAAGCUGGCAUUUGCUUAUGGGACCUUAUUCUCUCCAAGAUCCCUUCUCCCAGUGAGAAUGAGCAGCACCGACGUAAACAAGAAAGGCAUUUUGGCUGACAAAGUGGCUGUGAUCAUAGGAUCCACUCAAGGCAUUGGCUUUGCUAUUGCCCAACGGUUGGCCCGGGAUGGCGCCUAUGUGGUGGUGAGCAGUCGCAAGCAGGAGAAUGUUGAUCAAGCUGUGGCCCUCCUAAAGGAAGAGGGACUGAGUUCGAAAGGCAUGGUGUGCCAUGCAGGGAAGGCAGAGGAUCGUGAUAAACUAGUGAAGAUGGUGGCUAACCAAUAUGGUGGUGUUGACUUCCUGAUUUGUGUUGCUGGAGUAAACCCCUUAGUAGGAAGCACUCUGGGAGCCAGUGAGCAGGUGUGGGACAAGAUUUUGGAUGUGAAUGUGAAAUCCCCAGCCCUGCUGCUGGCCAAGCUGUUGCCUUAUAUGGAGAAAAGGGGGAGCUCCUCUGUGGUUCUGGUAUCAUCAGUUACAGGCUAUGUUCCAGUUCCAAAAUUGGGUCCCUAUAAUAUCAGUAAAACUGCCUUGCUGGGCCUCACCAAGACCCUGGCUAUGGAGCUGGCCCCAAAGGGCAUCCGGGUGAACUGCUUGGUUCCAGGACUCAUCAAGACUGACUUCAGCCACAUAGUUCAAGAUGAAGACAUUAUAAAUGCACUGGAAACCCUAUAUGCAAUGCAGAGGACUGGACAACCAGAAGACUGUGCUGGGAUUGUGUCCUUCCUGUGUUCUCCAGAUGCCAGCUACAUCACCGGAGAGAACAUUGUCGUGGCUGGCUUCUCCCCCAAGAUGUAAGGCAGCCAGUCAAGAAACAUGAAACUAUAGCUUUGCAUAUUAAUUAGAACAUUUGAUCCUGGGAAUUGGACAGAAGUUGGAUGAGGGUAGAAGAGGGAAAGGGGGAAGCUCAGGGGGGCUUCAUGAAUACCCAGAGACUAGAAAAGGAAAGGGAAAGAAAUAAAUAUUUAUGUAGGGCCUACUACAUGCCAGGCACUGUGCUUUUAUAAUUUCAAAAAUCGAGCUUGGGUGGAGCUAAUAGAGAAGUACUCAGAGGGCAUGUAAGAGAAGAAUAAUUUUCUACAGUUGUUUUCCUAGUAAUCACUAACUCAAACAUAUAAAUAUGUGUGUAUGUAUAUUAUAAAUGUAUAAACUUAUAAUUAUAUCACUAGUUUAAACAUAUAAAAAUACUUUAAACAUUGAACUCAAGGGGAAAAUGCAUGUCAGUGUAUCUUGUUUGUUCCUUCAUAAAAUACAUAAACUAU